AUGAGCUGCAGCUACCUCCUGUGCACCAUCCUCCUCUUCGUCGCCGUCCUUCUGGCCGUCACGGCAACCGGCACCAUCCUCUUCAUGAACCACUACCAGGCCCCGCCCAUGUCUGACGGCCCACCCCACAUCUCAACCAAUCCGGACGAGGCCAACGCCCUGGUAACCGUGGAGAGGGGCGACGGCUCGCGCAUCAACAUCUUCAUCGACCCCAACUGUCCCGACUACAACGGGAACUUCCUACGCCUGGAAGGGGUGCAGACAUCGCUGCUCCACUCGCUGACCGACCACGACACCGACCUGAAGUCUGUCAAAGGUCAAGACCGGGCGCUGCUGGUCAACCUAGCUGAGGAGGUGGCCAAACUGUCGGCCCAUGCUGGCCAGCUGAAGAUGGACUACGAGUCUCUGAGACGAGGCCAGGGGAGUCUGGGGCAGGACCUGAACACACUGCAGACAGAGCAGGGACGCCUCAUACAACUACUGUCUGAGAGCCAAAUCAACAUGGUGAAGGUGGUGAACACUGUGAGCGAUGCUCUCAGCUCCAUGCAGAAGGAGACAGGGGGACUGAAGGCUCGGGUCAAGGCUGACCUACAGAGGGCACCGGUCAGAGGGGCUCGUCUCAAAGGCUGUGCCAAUGGUAAAGGCUCUCGUCCUCGUGACUGUGGUGAUCUGUAUGCUAAUGGUCAGAGGGAGGAUGGCAUCUACUCUGUGUUUCCCACUCACUACCCCUACGGCUUCCAGGUCUACUGUGACAUGACCACGGACGGAGGGGGCUGGACUGUGAUCCAGCGCAGGGAAGAUGGCUCGGUAAACUUCUUCAGAGGAUGGGACUCCUACCGUGAGGGAUUUGGCAAGAUCACUGGAGAACACUGGCUAGGGCUGAAGCAGAUUCAUGCCUUGUCCAUCCAGGGUAACUAUGAGUUGAGGAUUGACCUGGAGGACUUUGACAACAGUACAGCCUAUGCCCAGUACGAGACCUUUGGAGUGGGCCUGUUCUCUGUGGACCCGGAUGAUGAUGGAUACCCACUGACAGUUGGAGAUUACUCCGGAAACGCAGGCGAUGCUCUGCUCAAGCACAACGGGAUGAAGUUCACCACCAAAGACAAGGACAACGACCACUCAGAGAACAACUGUGCCUCCUUCUACCACGGCGCCUGGUGGUACCGUAACUGCCACACGUCCAACCUGAACGGACAGUACCUCCGCGGGCAGCACACCUCCUAUGCCGACGGCAUCGAGUGGUCCACCUGGACCGGCUGGCAGUACUCCCUCAAGUUUUCUGAGAUGAAGAUACGACCCGCGCGCGACGAGAGCAAAUGAGUAUAUGAGGCAAUAACAGAGGAAAGGAGUUGAAAGUGUUCAGAGUAAUAAAACCACACCCUCAGAUACUGUUUAC